ACUAUAUCAAAGUUUAGCUAGAAGGGCGAGCGUCGAAUAGAAUUUAGUCUUUGUACAACCUCAAACUAGCGUACUGAUUUGGGAAAACAGAAAGUACGGGUUUACGGAUGGGGUUUUCAUAUUUUACCACAAUCAUCCCCCGUUGUCCGCGAGAAAUUCUGCUUGUGAUAAUACCAUAGGCAACAAUCCUUUAAUACUAACCGUGUUCGGGAUGGCUCGACUUCGCGUAUAGGCUUUAUGGACUUCAACUUUCAGUGCGUGAGAUGGCCCCAGUAUUUUCAACAUUUGUUUAAGAAACGAAGAGAUCAUCGUGUGAUCCGAAAGACUUGAAUCUGCAUUCGAAUACACUGGGUAAACUGGGCAAAAGUUAAUGGAUAUUAAUGAGUUUCGUUUCAUGAACGUUGUUUACCCACACCGGAAUCUAGGCACGUGAGCAAAUAGAAAAUAACUUUGUGGCGUCGGAUAACAGUUUGCUUCCGGAUAAGGAUAACACAGAAAAAACUUCAUGAAGUCAUUAAAUUACCUUUCGGCUCAAUGAAAGCAGGUUCGUAUAUUUAAUAAACUGCACCGCAAAUUGGAUAAAUUUGCUUAUAGAUGAUUAUCAAAUUGGCAUUUGGGAUGACCUUACUGGUCACUUACGCUCGCGCCCAGGUACAUAGGGUCAAGUUGUAUAGAACUAAUCCAGAGCUACUCCUUCGACGAAAUGUGACAUCAAGGAAUUACGAUCUUCCUUUCUCAGGCAUGCUCGCAGUUUCUAUGCCACUGUCCGAUUAUUUGGAUACUCAAUUUUUUGGUAUCAUCACAAUCGGCACGCCACCGCAAAGCUUCAAAGUGAUUUUCGAUACUGGUUCCGCUAAUCUCUGGGUACCAGCAGUCGGCUGUCGAGCCCGGAGUAAAGAUUGUGUGGCCGAAAACGCGUACAACCCACUGUUGUCUUCCACGUACGAGAAGAACGGUACAAGCUUCUUCAUUCAGUAUGCCUCUGGAGGUUUGUUUGGUCAUCUUUCGACGGACACUGUAAUCGUGUCGGGAUUAGCCGUCAAGCGGCAAACAUUCACCGAAGCUGCCAUACUGAGUGGUGAAGCAUUUGCGAGUGCCAAAUUCGAUGGAGUUAUGGGGCUUGCGUACAAAACAAGCGCUGUUAGUGGAGUCGUUCCCGUGUUCUACAAUAUGUACAACCAGGGUCUGAUCAGUGAACCGAUUUUUGCCUUCUACUUGAACAAGGACCCCUAUGCUUCCUUCGGGGGUGAAGUCACCUUCGGUGGUUCGAAUCCCAAUAGAUACACCGGAUCAUUCACCUACGUGCCGGUGGUUCGACCAGCUUACUGGGAAGUCAAGAUGGAUUCGAUGCAGUUCGGGACUACGGAAUUGUGUGGAUCAAAUUGUAACGCUGUCAUUGACACUGGAACGAACUUUAUCGGUGGACCCGUUAAGCACACUGUGACUCUCAAUAAGGCUUUGGGGGGAACACCGACUAGCACCGGUCUGUUUAAUAUUGAUUGCUCGCUCGUGUCGGGUUUACCGAGCGUUACUUUUCGAAUGGGAGGAAAACCGUUCGUACUUACUGGCGAUGAUUACGUCCUGCGUGUGGAAUAUAACGGCGGAACUAGAUGUCUGUAUGGAUUUCAAGCAAUUAAUCUUGCUACUUCAAGCCGAGAUGUAUGGAUCCUGGGCGAUGUUUUCGUCAGUAAAUAUUACACUGAAUUCAAUGUGCGCAGUAACCUAGUUGGGUUUGCAACCGCGGUCUAGGGCUAUUCCACCAAAAACGUGAUCGGCUCUCCUGUUCUAGUAUCUGUUUUGUUUAGUUUACAGUGAAAAAGUCGCAUUAUUUUGCGAAUAUUGGAAACUUUUUGAAGGUAUGUAAUUGGUCUUUUCGCGGUUCGGAAAA